UGUGGUAUCGCAGGCGUCAGCUGAUGCCGGCCCUGGCCAAGUAGUUGAACUACUCGCCGGGCUGCCAUAGCUACGCCAAGCCCGGGGUCAGGUGGGGCGCGGAGCCCGAGCCGGGCGCCCACGGAGGCCGGAGCUGCUGGGCCUGCGGAACAUCCAGAGCCGGCAGCCGCUGCGCCUCUUGUUCAACUUUGCCGGCGAGCAGGAGUUUCACAGCUAAUUUCAACCCGGGGAUUGCGAUGUUGACCCUCCUUGGUUUUACUUGUUAGCUCCCAGCGAGAUGCUCGAGGACGUGUGACUUUUUUUCUUUGAAAGACAGUUCAAGAAUCUGGUGGAAAGACAAGCUCUUCCGACUUUCAAGCCCCGUGCUGUCAUCAGAAGUUUGGGGUAAACGCUGGGAAAUGAGAAGGCCCUGUCUCUGCAUUCUGCCCUCUGACUGGGCGCUCCCCUCCUCCUCAAAGGAGCGUCUUUUCUAGGUGUCAAGAUAGCAUUCAGAAAGGCUUCUCCAGGGUCAUGAACCAGGACAUCUAAGCUGUUUCCAAGGAGAGAGGUCUCUCGAAUCCCACAAUGGCAGCUAAAAUGGAGAUAACUUUGAGCUUGCAACCCCACUCUCCGGAUUCCCCCAAACAAGAGAGACACAUAAUAGCAAAGCUCGAAGAGAGACAGGAACCUGCUCUGCACAAUAACCGCCGGGAUCCAGAGCUCUCCCGACAACGCUUUAGACAGCUUUGUUAUCAAGAGUUGUCUGGACCCAAAGAGGCGCUCUGCCGCCUUGGACAGCUCUGCCGGGAGUGGCUGCAGCCCGAGCUGCACACGAAGGAGCAGAUCCUGGAGCUGCUGGUGCUGGAACAGUUCCUGACCAUCCUGCCCCCAGAGAUCCAGACUUGGGUCAGGAAAAGAUGUCCAGUGAACAGCAAGGAGAUUGUGAACCUGGUGGAAGAGUUUCACAGAGCCUCCAAGAGACCAAAGCAGUGGGUGGCCGUCUGUAUGCAGGGGCAGAAGGUGCUCUUGGAGAAAACUGGAGCUCAGCUUGGAGAACAGGAACUGCCAGACUUUCUGGAGGAGUCUUCCCAGGCAGAACCUCAGGACCAGCUGAGCCACCAUCAUGGAGAGAAAUAUCACCUUCUCCAGGAACCAACCCUUAAACUGGCUGGGACAGAGGCCACCAGAAUGAGAAGUGACAACAAGGAAAAUCCACAACAGGAAGGGACUAAAGGAGCAAAGCCUUGUGCAGUGUCAGCUGACAGAUCCAAAGGGAAUGGUCUGCAGAGUCCUGAACAUACAGCGGUGAAUAUGAGUGAACCCUGGUUGUCACCGCGACAGGUCAGCCCCCCAAAUGCCCAAAAGCCAUUCACUCACCACCAGAGACAUUGUAGACAACUGGAAUACAUUAGCAGCCCCCUAAAAAGCCACCUGCUGAGGGACGUGGAGAAAAGCAAUCAUUUGGAACGUCUUGGGCACCCAAAGAAAUCUUAUAAAUGUGAUCACUGUGGGAAAAGCUUCUCAUUUAAUUCAGAGUUGGAAAGACACAAGAGAGUCCACACAGGGGAGAGACCCUACACGUGUGAAGUAUGUGGAAACUGCUUUGGGCGGCAGUCAACCCUGCAACUGCAUCAGAGAAUCCACACUGGAGAGAAACCAUAUCAUUGUAACCUGUGUGGGAAAAGCUUUCGCCAGAACUCAAACCUUCGCAAGCAUCAAAGUCUCCACCAUGGAGAAUAAAAGGAGAGCUUCAUUCUUUAUGUUCAGAAGGAAGGUAUUUGUACUUCUCCUUCCCCUUACUUGCAUGUAAAUCACAAAGACUUAACAAGGAAAGGAAAAGGUCCCUGAGGAAGUGAUGGUGCGCAUUUGGCUGGUGUGAGGAGUCCCAGAAGAGGCUGAUGAGGGACGUGCCCAUAGACAGUGUCAAGGGUGAAAAAAAUGGCAGAUCUGGGCAUUGGUCAAGGAGAACUGCAGUCACUGUUGGAGAACAGGGAGUAAAUACUGAGGGAGAGACAGGAUGAUCCUGCUUCCCUUAUUUUGAAAUGUUCUAUCGCUUUAUCCUAUAAAAUAGGUUAAAGGAUAAAUUCUACAUUUAGUUGUACAUUUGUUGUCACACCAAUCUUUAUCAUGCUCAAACAUUUCUUUAAUAAACAUGAGUGAUCCACCAGCAUUUCAAGGCAAAAAUUCAUUGGAAUGUAAACCCCCUGAUACUCCAUCUGUAAUUCCUGGCUCUUCAUAACAAAGGAUUGCAUUAAGUGAGAAUGUGUCAUGUUUGUGUUUCCAAAUAACUAAACGAUGGAUUUAUAAAAAGAAAAAUACAUGUGUGUAUGUAUAUAUAUAUGUAUGUGUACAUUAUUUUCUUAUAUAUAUGAUCCUUUUUAUAUCAAAGCAUCUUUGAUUUAGAGAAAGUAAGUCCACAUAGCAACCCCAGCCAAGAGACAGAGAAACGCUAUCGAGAGGUGAGAAACCCUACCCUAUACUAUGAAAAGAUUGUUAAGGACAGGAACCUUGUUUUUCCAUCAUUGUAGCUUUUGGACUUAGCCCAAGAGAAGUAGGUGUUCAGUAAUUAGUUAAUUGAGGACCCUACUUUCCCCGCCAGGCCCAUUUCUGCCUGAAUUAAGAGAUCCUGUUGAAUGCAGCAGUCCAAAACCUUUGCCUUUUGGGCAGAGCCUUAAUGAAAGUCCAGUGGCCUUCCUCAUAGUUUUUGGUGGUCCUUUAGGGCCUAAUCCUAGAUGCCCUUCCUAACCACUAUGUUAGACAAUUCAUGUCUAUCUGAAAUCUCCCCAAAGGGAGGGAACAUAAAUUUUUAUUUUUCUUAUUUAUAAGGGUUAGAGAUUGGAACUCUUCCUGAAGUUAAGAGUUCUGCUUCCACGGUGUUUUGAAGUUCUUGCAAAGGAAUACUCUUCUUGAGUGUUUUCUCCUGAUUACAAAAUCAGUAUAUGCUCAUUGUUGAAUCUUACUGUUGUUGGGUACUUGUUCAACUCUGGACCUUGAAUAAAUGUGACAAAAUCACCACUCCAGACCUGCAGAAAAGGUUUUCAAGUGUGUGACACUGCCUCCCCUCCCCCAAUGUGGAGUUAACUUUGGCAGAUAGAGGGCUCAAUUCCAGGCCAAGUAGGGCCAGUAAGGAAGUAGGCCCCUGGGUGCUCAGCCACAUUUGCAGGUUUGCACUCACUUCUUCAAUUGUAGGGGAUCCCCCGCAUUCCCUUUGCCCAUGCCGGGUUCCACUGGAGGGCGUCAGCAUGGAAUGCUGACCUGGUUUGAAAUCAGCUAUCACAUGCAGCACCCCAAUAUAAGAAUAAUCUUUCUUUCAUGUGUAGCCCUUACCUAUGGAGAUUCUGUGAUCUUUUCUGGACCUUGCUCAGUACUUACCUUUGUGGAGAUAUGAUUCCUGCUCAGGUUAUCUGGUCCCUGGGGUGCCCUCGGGCAGAUGUUGAGGAGAGGGUAAGCCUCAGUGGAUAGGUGGGAAAUCUGGACCUCACAGAUUUCUCUGAAACACAUUUUCUGUCCAUAGUGGAUAAGUGCUUUGUAAAUCUGUCCCUUAACCAUUAUCAUUACCAUCAAAAUUAACAAUAACUCCCAAGUACCAUCCAAUAGUGUUGAAAUUUUUCCCAAUUGUUUCUAAAACAAAAAUGCUACUUUUUGCAGCUUUACUGAGGUGUAUUUCACAUAUAAAAAUUCAUCCAUUUAAAAUGUACAGUUCAGUGGUGUUAGUAUAUUCACAGAGAUGUGUAACGAUCAGCAUAAUCUAAUUUUGGAGUAUUUUCCAUAGCCCAGAAAGAAACCUCAUAAUCAUGAGCAGUCACUCUUCAUUCCUGGCUAUCCUCAACACCCCCCUUUUUUCACUGAGCAUAAUGUUUUCUCAAAGUUUAGUCAUGUUGUAGCCUGUAUCAGUACUUUAUUCUUU